UCUACCGAUCAGUUUUAAAAGACACGCCAAACAGUGCGAAACGUUCUCGAUCGCUGCGGAAAGGCAAUUUCAGUACAAAACCAUAACAAAAGUUCCGGAGUUCGCGUUGUUUGAAUAGAAAACAAAAGUAAUAAUUAAUUCAUAUCAAAAUAAACAAACAGAAAUCGACACAAAAUGCACAGCAAAUUGUUGGACGAGCUGAAUGAAAACGGCUACAUUGUCAUCGAGGACUUCCUCACCGCCGAGGAAGUGGACUCGCUGUACCAGGCGGGAAGAGCGCUGUGCCUGGAUGCUCCGCAGAACAACCGGAAGAUCUUCAGCACCAUCAAGCAGGAGGAUGCACAGGGCAAGGAGCUGUACUUCAUGGAGUCGGGCGACAAAGUGCGUUACUUCUUCGAAAAGGGGGCCGUGGGCGAUGAGGGUCAGCUGCUGGUGGAUCCCAUGAUCGCGCUCAACAAAGUGGGCCACGCUCUGCAUGUGGAGCAUCCUGCCUUCAAUGCCAUCACCUUCAGCAACCGGGUGCGGGAGAUCUGCUGGCAGCUGAACUACAACAAGCCGGCCGUCUGCCAAAGCAUGUACAUCUACAAGAAUCCCGGAGUGGGUGGCGAGGUGACGCCGCAUCAGGACUCGUGGUUCCUGCACACGGAUCCCAACUCGGCGGUGGGCUUUUGGCUGGCCCUCGAGGAUUGCACCCUGCAGAACGGCUGCCUGCAGUUCAUCAAGGGAUCCCACAAGAGUGGCGUCCACAGGCGCUACCUCCGCAAUCCCGACAAGGAUGCCAGCGAGCUGAUGGUCUACGAUCGGGCUGCUCCCAUCUAUCCGCAGUCCAGCUUCACGCCGAUGCAAGUCAGCAAGGGCACCUGCAUUCUAAUCCAUGGAAAUGUGGUGCACAAGAGUGAGCCGAAUCGUUCGCAGAAGAGUCGCCACGCCUACACCUUCCACGUCAUCGAGACUGAGAACAACGUCAAGUAUUCGGAGGACAAUUGGCUGCAGGCGCCGAAGGACAAGCCAUUCCCUGUCCUCUUCGAGCGCAAGGCCUGAGGAUCUGGUGGAGAUCGUGAUUCGGUAUUUUCGCAUAUAAGACUCUAGUUCCGUUGUACACGCCAACAUGUAUGAUGUAAUUGUAAAUGUAAAGAAUAAACUUCCUACUGUAUUA